AUGGAUCGCUCAGCAUUCUUUGCUCAUGACUCGGUCGCGUAUAUUUGGCAACAGCUUGGUCUACCAGAGAAUGCUUUAAAGUCACUCGAACUGCCGGUUGAUGCCAAAUGUCUUCCGUCUUCUUUCAAAGUAGAUAUCCUUGCACAGUCAGCCAUCGCCGUAUCUGCACUCGCAGCAGCUCUCUACUCGUCCGUCCGACAUACAACCGAAUUACCACACAUAACCGUCCCAGCUGAGCAUGCAUGCGUAGAGUUCAAGUCCGAAAGACUCUAUACACUCGAUGGAAAAAUUGCAUCUCCGCCGUGGGGCACGAUUGGUGGAUUACACAAAGCUUCCGACGGAUAUGUAAGAAUACAUGACUCGUUUCCGAACACACGGUGGAACGCAUUGCAGAUCCUAGGGCUAGGCCUUGGUUCUUCCAAAGAUGAUGUUGGAGAAGAGGUCAUAAAAUGGAGGGCUGUCCAGUUAGAAGAUGAAGCUUUUCGGCGUGGAGCUGUCAUAGCUGCACUGCGAUCCUUUGAAGAAUGGGAUGUACUACCACAAGCCAAAGCGAUUGCGGACUUUCCGAUCCUUAUGACGAAGGCUUCUUGUGUCACGCCUUAUAUACCACCAAUCCCAUCCACAGUUGAAGACAAUAAGUGUCUACGAGGCAUACGCGUGGUUGAGAUGAGUCGAGUCAUAGCUGCGCCUGUUGCAGGCAAGACACUAGCCGCACACGGGGCGGACGUAAUCUGGAUUACAUCGCCAUCUUUACCUGCUCUUCCAGAUCUGGAUAUUGAUCUAUCACGCGGAAAACGUACAGUACAGCUCGAUAUCGAGAAGAGUGACGACAAAUCAAGGCUCUUAGAUCUGCUUUCCACAGCCGAUGUUUUCAUUCAGAGCUAUCGUCCCGGGAGUCUUGCCUCAAAAGGAUUCUCUGCAGAGGAACUUCACAAAAAAAAUCCCAGAUUGAUUGUAGCAAGUCUAGAUGCUUAUGGCCCCAAUGGCCCUUGGAGUCAGAAUCGCGGUUUUGAUUCGCUGGUUCAAACUUGCUCCGGUAUCAAUGUUGCGGAAGCACAAAGGUAUGGUGGUGGUGAGUCCGCACAUGUGUUACCUUGUCAAGCUUUGGACCACGGUGCGGGUUACCUCCUAGCGACUGGUGUCAUGGCGGCACUGUACAAGCGUGCCACCGAAGGAGAUGUAUAUGAGGUGAAGGUAUCAUUGGCUGGUGUCAUGAAGUAUUUACGAUCUUUAGGGCGCUAUGAAGGUAAGAGCGGGUUUGAUCGCAAAGACUUCAAGAACCCGCAAGACGUCGAGGAAUACCUGGAGUCUAGAGAGACAGGCUUUGGUAUGUUGAGAGCCGUCAUACACUCAGCGAAGAUUGAGAAUGUCGAAGUUGGUUGGGAAACCAUGCCUAAACCCCUAGGCAGUGACGCUCCUGUCUGGCUCGACCAUGCUUAUAGAUACUGA